AUGUCUGCGAAAGACUCUGGGAUUUCUGGCGGGGGCGAGACCGGCCCGACUCACGAGGAGCUGAAGGCGACCAUCGACGACGCCGUGGGCGACGCCAGUACCAGACUGGAGAAGAUGGUGACGGAGAAAAUGGAAGGCAUCAUGGACACCUUGUCCCGGUUAGUGCCCGGGGCACCGCCCGCCGGAAGUGCGACCGCAGCGGGCGGCGGAGGGGAGUCACUGGGGAGGCCGCACGCCUUCCCUGGCGCGGGUCAGCUGGACCAAGCGCCGAAUACCGAACGAGGGCUCGAGGGAGCGAGAGGACUGCGAGGCCCGGAACCACGAGAGCCUUCGCCACCCGAGGGGGCUAUCUCGCGAGAAGAGUCAGCAGAGAGGAGCAACCUUUACGGUAUGCUUUCAGCUCGCAUGCCCGGAUACCACGCCUGAAACAGUUGGACUUCGAUGGAGACGAAAAUAACUGGCUCAUGUUUCGAAACGAUUCAAUUACGCAGGUGCAGACUUGUGGAAUGGGUCGUGCCUUGAGUGACAGCAGGAACAUUGUGGCCUAGGCGUAGACGAUGAUGGCAUGGUAGAGCAGGGAGUGAAAGCAGGGUAGAUAGCCAUGUACCGAGAUCUGCUCGCCGCCGGGUAAUGGGGUAAAUGUUUCUUCCAACGCACGCCACGCUGCCGAGGGCCCCUUGCGAUCGUAAACCGGCAUUUUUGUGGAAUUGUUGGAGAUCGCUCCGCUCAGCAUCCCACACAGAUCCCGGUACAUGGCUAUCUCCCCUGCUUUCACUCCCUGCUCUACCAUGCCAUCAUCGUCUACGCCUAGGACCACAAUGUUCCUGCUGUCACUCAAGGCACGACCCAUUCCACAAGUCUGCACCUGCGUAAUUGAAUCGUUUCGAAACAUGAGCCAGUUAUUUUCGUCUCCAUCGAAGUCCAACUGUUUCAGGCGUGGUAUCCGGGCAUGCGAGCUGAAAGCAUACCGUAAAGGUUGCUCCUCUCUGCUGACUCUUCUCGCGAGAUAGCCCCCUCGGGUGGCGAAGGCUCUCGUGGUUCCGGGCCUCGCAGUCCUCUCGCUCCCUCGAGCCCUCGUUCGGUAUUCGGCGCUUGGUCCAGCUGACCCGCGCCAGGGAAGGCGUGCGGCCUCCCCAGUGACUCCCCCCCGCCGCCCGCUGCGGUCGCACUUCCGGCGAGCGGUGCCCCGGGCACUAACCGGGACAAGGUGUCCAUGAUGCCUUCCAUUUCUCCGUCGCCAUCUUCUCCAGUCUGGUACUGGCGUCGCCCACGGCGUCGUCGAUGGUCGCCUUCAGCUCCUCGUGAGUCGGGCCGGUCUCGCCCCCGCCAGAAAUCCCAGAGUCUUUCGCAGACAUAUUGUGUGUCUCCCGCACCAGUCUAGACUAUGGCGAUAUCGCCACAACAGAACUCUAGAGUGUUGAUUGGCCCCAAGCCGAGUGCUGCUCGAUGAGCAUGAUUGUCCCGGUCGACAAUGUGAGGAGAUGGUGAAGUCGUUUUAUUGGUCGUCCUCGUAGACACAAGCAACGAAAGAGAGUGGGCACCAGGGUGCAUCACAAACACCGAGGCAGGCGAGCAACAGUCGCAAGACAUAUCCGGAACUCGGAACACAUGGCAGGACGGAACGCGUGACAACUUGCCAAAGAUACCACUACCGGAGAUACUCCGAAGAUCCAAAUGACCGAUGGACGGCCACGUACUUGCACACUGAUGAAGCUCAAAACCACACAUGAGUACUACCGCAGUAGCCUUCGUCGGGAUGGCACAAUCCACCUCACGAUCAUGUACCUCUGUAGACGCAACAGCUGUCUCCACCCAUAGCCCACGAGGGCUGCCCACGACAAACGGUGGGCACAAACAGGGUCAUAGAAGGAUUAAUGUGUGGCCGCGGUGCUGCCGGUAAGGCAGGUAAGGCUUGUAGACCUCGAGAAGACCAGUUGUCAAUCCGCCAAAACUUCUCUAAUUUCAGUAUAUUCAAAUGAUCAGCUAAAAUGAUCAGUGAAAGGGCUCGUAGACUCAUAGCUGGUUCUGACCCAUAGCUGGGUUGUACUUCUUCUGAACUUCUCUGUCCCCUUCACAAUGCUCUCCCCGGCCUGCCCCCUCCGUCCCUGGGGUAGACCGAGGUUCCGCAAGUGGAUCUAGACCUCGAAAGACCACCCAGUAAAGACGAAUAUUCGGUCCCUAGUACUGUGAGAGGGGGAUCCUGAGCCGGUUGGGAGUUACUGCUGUCGUGAGAUCGGGGUAGCUCGUGAGCCGCUAGCUUUGGUAGCUGCAAUAUGAAACUGGAUCCUGACGCCCCGGCUUGGACACCGGGGCUAUGCAGCAGCAGAGAGCACGGUGAGGGUGGCGGAGUGACCGCACGCCGUGGGGGUAUGCCCCAGAGAGAGGAAAGGAGAGAAUCCAGAGAUGGAGGGCCACACCGCUUCGGGAUAAGAAGACAACUCUAUGGGAAACAAGGCAAGAACCGGGGUAAACUAUCACGUUAGCCCGAGUGUUCGCACGAAAAUAAUGGCAAUAAACCAAAAAUAGAGGGGAAGAUGGAGGAAAAGGAGGGGUCGGGCGGCGCGAAGGCUAGCUACGAGAGCAGCGCGCGCAGCGCGAAAGAGACAGCAGGGUCAACUUGUUAGGGUCGCAACCUGGAAUGUGCGGACUUUGGCUGUAAACGGGGCUAACGGAUACGGGCGAGCCUACAGCGUUCUGCACAAGGCAGCGAGACAAGGCGCAUCGGUGGAAUGAAUGCAGGAGACACGGAGGGCAGGUCGAACGGAAUUUGCAGCAGCGGGUUUCCGGGUGUUCUGCUGUGGCACGAAGACUGGUGGAGUCCAAUAUGUGGGGAAGAGUCGCUGUGCAAGACAUCCACGUUCACUACGGAGUUUAUCGACGAACGCCUUAUGGCCAUGAGGUUUCUGUUGGCAGGCCACCGUGGAGUGGUCAACUUCGUAGCCGCGUAUGCCCCAACCGAACCUUACGCGUGUUCUGGGGAAAACUUGACAUCUCGUGCGGAGGAUCCCUUCCAAAGCAUGUGUGUAUGUCCUACUGGACGCCAACGCGCGGACGGUAGAUAGGUUGGACGGAGGGGACGGAAGGGUAAUAGGAAUGUACGGGCGUGAUGAGCUCAACGACAAUGGCAUGCUACUGUUGAAUUUCGCAACGGAGAACAGGCUAGCUCUCACGAACACGUUCUUUGAGACACGCAAGGGCGGAAUAUGGCACACAUACAACGGUGUGUCGGGAAACGAUUGCAAGCGCCUUGACUAUAUCCUAACAAGGCAGGCACAUCACGGCCGAGUGUCUAACGUGGUCGUCAUCCCCCUGCCGGUUCGCCCAGUCAAAGCAGACUCAGGCCACAAUAUGGUAGUAGCCACCGUCAACCUCGGUGGCAGGCUUGCCCACAACCGUGCAGUCUGGACUAAACCGAAACAGAAGCAAUUAAACCGCCGGGAAUUGCGGUUCGAAGCAGCACGGUUUGCGGUGACUAAUCGGUUCAUCGUCAACCUCGACACACGACUGGACGAGCGAACAUUCACCGCCGCGGAAUUGGCGACCGACUUUACCAAUGCUCUCCUCGAAGCAGCGUGGACGACCCUGGGGGAGGAACCGGGGAGACGCCACGCAGGGGUGGUAUGAGGCCCCAGAGACGCGAGCAGUGCUGAAGCAGGCCUUUAACCAAACGUCGGGAAGCGCACCGGGCGAUGAGGGGCGACUGGAACUCAGCAACGUGGAGGGUUCUCAAAGCAGCGUGUAAGGGAGUGGCUACAGCAUUCGAAACGGGCAUUAAUGCCCACCUGGACGGAUAUGUGACUGUUUUCGAAGCAAUCUACGAAGAUCGCGACAUGCGAGGACUGUACCAACACCUCAAGAGAUCACCGGGCCUCAGCGGGAGACAAGCGGUGGGACAGCAGUUCGUCGCGGAUGAGAACGGCGUGUUGCUCCGGAACAGGGACGACAUCCUCCAGCGGUGGGCGAGAUUCUUCAGCACCCUACUCAACACCAAAUCCCCCACCCUGAACCCAGACAUCAUCGAACGAGUAACGCAGCGGCCAGCGACACGUGACACUCAAUGGUUGGGACAUACAUGUGCCAGAACUCGAGGAGGUGGCACGGGCAACGAAAGGCCUCAAGAACUGGAAGGCACCCGGCCAUGACUCCCUCCUUGCCGAGUUGCUCAAGAUCGAUGACGACGAACCCUUCGUCCUGAGACACCUCCAUACCAUCCUCGUCAAGGUGUAGAGCGGAGGAGAUAUUCCGCGAGAGUUGGAGGAUGCAACCAUCAAGGUGCUGUACAAGAAGGGUGACCGGUCCAACUGUAACAACUACAGGGGGAUUUCGCUACUGUCUCACGUAGGCAAGGUCCCCAUCAAGAUCAUCACCAACCGUCUAAGCGCCUUCUGCGAAGCCAGCAACAUCCUCCCGGAGGAACAGUUCGAAUUUCGAUCCGGGUGAUUCACUGUCGACAUGCUGUCGACAUGCUGUUCGUCGUGCGCCGCCUCGAGGAGCUGGGGCGGAGAAAGAAAACACCGCUCUUCAUAUGCUUCGUCGACUUGAAGAAGGCGAAUGAUUCGGUGGACUGAGAGAUGCUAUGGUAGGUGCUGGCCAGGGCCGGGAUUCCGCGAAGCUGAUCGAAGUCAUCCGCCAAUUCCACGAUGGAAUGCGGGCCCGCGUGCACAUGGACGACGGAGAACUAUCGGACUGGUUCUUCGUGACACAGGGCGUGCGACAAGGAUAUGUUCUAUCCCCGCUGCUGUUCAACAUCUUCUUCGCCGAGGUCCUCGAGGUUGUUGUCAUCCGAUUCAGCGAGGAUGAUGUUGUUCUGCGGAGCCUGGUGUGCUUGGAGGAGGGGAAGACGGAGGCGUGGGGGGGGGGAGGAGACACCCCUUGACCGAGUUCAGAGGGCAGUAUGGGGGACGCUGUACGCCGAUGAUGCCGGCGUGGUAUCGAGGUCUGCAAAACGACUGGCGAGAAUGAUGACCAUCAUCGUUGAGGUGUUCGGGGAGUUCGGGCUAACGGUGCCGGAGAAGAAGACAGAGACGCUCCUGAUGCGCGCGAAGGACAAGCCGACUACAACAUCACAGCCCCCCCCGCCUCCACCGCUGACCAUCGAAGCCGCGGGACAGAAAUACGCCCAGACGACCGAGUUCUGGUACCUCGGUGGCCUCGUCAACGAACAUGGCGACCUCACCUAGGACAUCAACUACAGUAGCAGAGGAGCAUGGGCGUGCCUCAGGCCAUAUGGCCGGGAGCUCUUCGACAGACCAAAAGCGCCAUUCCGACUCAAGAUCCGCCUGAUCCAGGCGGAGGCGAUGGAGGCACUGCAGUACGGCUGCAUGACAUGGUCACCGCUCAG